CUUAAUAGUCUCUGGACGGACAGGUGUGAUAUGGCGGCGAUAAAUAUCGACAAGACAUGCUCCAUGUUACCGAUUUCCACGCUGGAUUGUCAGGGAUUGUCGUCUCUUUUGACAGAUUGCGACAUUAACGAAAUAUUGGAACGCAAAUUCGGCGGUAACUUUCGCCUUGUUGACUGGAGAUUGGAGUCUCUCGAUAAAACGAAAGGUUUUCUCGGACAAUAUUAUCAUCUUCAUAUUUUGGCGCAAAUCGAUGGAAAAACGCAAAGUUUAAGACUCUUCGCCAAAACUCCACCGCCGACUCACAGUCCGCAGUUCGAAUUUCUGCAACGGUACGACACGUUCAACAAAGAAAUCACCGUUUAUACGGAUCUGGUGCGACGGAUGGGCGUGGGUGGAUCUCCGAAGUGGAUGGUAGAGUAUUAUUUUUGCAAACGAAACGUCAUUAUCGUCCUGGAGGAUGCUUCGAUAGAUGGCUAUGCCACGCCGAACAAAUACGUGCCAUUUGACGAGGAGCAUUGCGUUUGGCUACUGAGGACUCUUUCGAGGCUCCACUCGAGGUCUCUGAUACUGGACGAAAGACUUCGUCGGGAGGACGGUCGGACCAUCUUCGAUCUUUACGGACGACUGCUGAACGAGGUACUCUUUGUCGAGGGGGACGACAGAUCGGAGAGAGCUCUCGCCUCCAGUAUUACAGGCCUCUGCGCUAUGAUCGAUUUCAUGGAAGAACUCGACGAUAAAGAAAAGGUCAUUGUUAAGCGCCGAUUCAUCGAAUGGUCUCGAAAAAUUUCGCGAUUGUUGGCACCAUCGAAGGAACACAGAAACGUCCUCUGUCACCGCGACAUUUGGGCAAAUAAUAUAAUGUUUCGGCACGACCUGGCCGGCAAUACGAAUGGCUGCUAUAUAAUAGAUUGGCAGUUUCUUUGUUAUUGUCCUCCGGCAAUCGAUUUUACGUUCUGCUUGUAUUUAAACACUAAUCGAAGUACUAGAGAUCGUCAUUUUGACGUUUUCGCUAAGAUUUAUCACGAUUCAUUAGCUCGGGAACUGGCGGAGGAAGGUUUUGACAUAGAAAAUUGUCUAUCCUGGAUGGCAUUUCAGAAAAGUUACGCCGAGGCGCGAAACAUAGCGCUUAUUUACGCCGCGCUUAAUCUACAAGUAAUGUUGCUGGCCAGUGAAACAACCGCGAAGUAUUUCUGUACCGCGACCGACAAGCUCGAGCAAGUUUUGUACGGGGAUGAACGAGCGGAACUCGUGUAUUAUCAAUGCGAAAAGAUGCCGGCAUAUAAGACGCGUAUUUUUGAGAUUCUGUGCGAAAUCAAGGAUCGUCUGCCUGAUCAUCUGCCGAGUCAUGUGUAAAUUACAUAGAGUAUGUGACGUAUUCAGAAAUGUGUCUCGAUUGUAUCUGUUUUACGAUUUGUGAUAAAAGUUUGGAAUCGUGCCAGGUA